GGCUGAUAAAAAAUGUAGCAAAAAAUGUAGCUCCGCAAUAUUUCUCGAUUUUGGACUAUUCCAGGCUUCAGAUACCGAGUUAUUGCACAUAAUUGGAUAUAGGAACUCCUUGAGGAUACAACGCACCCUUCUAAGUGAGUUAUUCUGUGAAAGAAGGAUUGUAAUAUUGACAUAAACUUUUUUUUCUAAAUCUUCCAUACACGGAUUUCGUCGCCAUUUUUUUCCUUGGCCCGUCCCUGUGUAUUAUUUGCAUCUUGAACACUUAGUCUACAUGUUACGCUGCUGAAAAAUCUGAUUAUACAUGUUCAGGGCCUUUCACACCACAGCCAUGCACGAAUUUCCCGCCAUUUGACGUGUGGCCCUUCCCCGUGUAUAACUCGCUAAUUGAACACUUAGUGUAUAAGUACGCGCUGAUAAUAGACUAGUUAUACAUCUUUGGAGCCCUACUCGCUCUAUUCUUACCUAGCAAGGUCGCGACAACCUCGGAAAUGUAUGUUUUGAUUUGAGCGACGCAAAACAGCAGAUCUUUUACCAGAAUCUGAUACAAUGCCACUUUCUACCAAAGUGCAUGUGCCUGCAGAUAUAGAAAUUGAUGACGAUUCCACAAAUGAUAGUGACAAUUGUAUGGAAUCAACUAGUGGUGAUUUUCUCAGUGAUUAUGAUGACUUUAAUCCCACCCCAAUAGCUACCCAGACCGAAAAUGAUAUCAUUAAUGAAAUUAAAGAAUUGUGUUCCGGUGCAGACAAAGCGUUAUUCAUUAAAAGACUAUGCGACCACCAAGAUGUUGACGGAUUAGUUCAUUCCAGAGAUGCUUUAUUUGAUUAUGCACGAAUCAAUCGCAGCAAUGCCAUGCCACCAGGUGCGCUUAUUCGUCGUCUACCCAGUAGGAAAAACAAACAAACAAGCACUUCUGUUAAAGAAAAGCUGGCAUGUGAUAUAUAUCAUCUUUUCCAUUUCAUCAAUGGAGCUUCUAACCUGUCGGAUAUUAAGACACUGUUAAAUCCUAAGGCAAAGACAAACAGAAAAUCAGUUGUUCACAACCCUAUCGAUGAUACAAUGAGACAAAAAAACAGUGAUGACCAACUAGCAAUUAUACUCAAAAACGUUCUUGAACUCAAAUCUAACGUUGCAACUGAAAUCAAUGAACUCAAGGCUGAAAUCGCAAAGUCUACAAAAUCAAAAGUAAAAGAACUCAAUAAUGUAAUUGAAAUAAAGCAGAAUGAACUUAACAGAUGCAAGGAUAGCGAACAGAAGUUAAAAAAUGACUUAAAGAUAGCGAAGGCAAAAAUCAAUGAUCAACAAACAGACAUAAACAAACUCACAACAGAUAUCAAUGAAACAAAAACAAAGCUGUUAAAGCAAAUCCAGACAAUACAAAACAAAGUAAGCGCAUUGGAAAAGUCCUCUUCUCGCAGUGUAGCUAUCACAAUGAAUCAAGAGCAACUUCCAAGCUCAAACAACGAUAAUGUGCAAGAUAGGUCCAGGUCUUUAAGUGGCCCCCCAAAUACAAGCGGUAGCUUGAAUAACACAUCAGCUGUACCCACAAGUGUGUGGGGAAUACCCUUAAAUCCUCCCACUGUACCCACUGGAGCCAACAAAUGUUCUGCUUCAAGUACAAAGGAUAUUUCGAAUGUUCCCGCUACGCCCAUUACGCUUAGUGCUUCUAGCACAUGCAGCGCACCAACUGCUACCUGUACUUCUGCAGUUAAAACCAAUAGUGGGGCAGUCACCUGUAGCGCAUCCGAUGUUUCUAUUGAAUGCAGUGCAUCUCAUACACCCACCAUGUCCCAAGCAGC